AUGGUACUACUACGGAGGAACCGAGAGAGAGAGGGUCAUCCUGAUCCGGUCCUGGAUGCAUUGGCUGAGAUGCAGGCGGCUCAACAAGCCGACCAAGAGGCCAUUAGAGUGGCCAACCAGGCGAUGUUAGACGCCGUGAGAGAGGCGAACCAGAAAGCUACUGAGGAUGCCCUGGACAAGAUAUUCAGGGUGAUCCAGUGUAGUGAUUCCCAGAACCUUAUGUUUGCCACUUAUAUGCUAGAGGGAAACGCUCACGAGUGGUGGAUGAACACCUCUCAGGUCUCUGAGAUACAGGGUCAUAUUAUCACAUGGCCAUUCUUUGAGGAGUGUUUUCUGGGGAGGAUUGCUAUGCCUACACCGGCAUUCUUGGCUUCUAAGUUUCGUCGGGGACUUAAUGAGGAGAUUGCAGACAGGAUUGCUGGAGCUGCAUUCAGAGACUUUGGCACCUUGGUUCAGCUGUGCCGUGAUAUUGAGGACGUUUGUGUGGUGAGCAAGGCCAAAAAGGCCAAGAUAUCUAAUGUUAAGGGCACUGAUAGUUCCACUUCUUGGAGAGACAAGAAGUUUGAUGGAAAAGGUAAAAGAAAGCAGUUAGCUGCUAGGCAGGCGCCAAAUCAGUUCAAGAGGACUUCGGCUCAGGGGAGUGCGACUAGACCUCCUACUCCCAGGUGUACCGGAUGUGGGAGAUUCUAUGUGGGGCCGUGUGCUACCGGCCAGGUGAUCUAUUUUCAUUGUGGCAAGGAGGGCCACUAUGCUAGAGAUUGUCCUUCUUCAGCUGCUAGAUCUGCAGCGGUUCAAGCGGUUCCAUUGCAGAUGAUUCCUACUGCACCUACAGCAGCACCUGUUGUGCCACUAGCCACUAGCCGUGUGUAUACAUUGGAUCGCCAGUGUAAGAACCUGCACCGUUAA